AUGAUGAAGACAUCGCUGCUUGGAAAGGACUAUAACAAUGAGCUGAACUUGGAUGAUGGGUCUAAGUCCCCCUCGAAGAGCAGCAGCAGCAGCAGCAUCACCCCAGAAAACGCCUCUUCUGCUGGGGAAGACAAUGCUCUAUCGCUGUUGCAAACCUUGGUCCACCUGUUGAAAUGCAAUGUUGGCACUGGACUCCUGGGGCUUCCCCUGGCUAUAAAAAAUGCUGGCUUACUGGUCGGGCCCAUCAGCCUGCUGGCCAUCGGGAUCCUCACAGUGCACUGCAUGGUCAUCCUGCUGAACUGUGCUCACCACCUCUCUCAGAGACUGCAAACGACCUUUGUGAACUAUGGAGAGGCCACAAUGUACAGCCUGGAAACCUGCCCCAACCCCUGGCUGAGGUCCCAUUCGGUGUGGGGAAGGUACACUGUUAGCUUCUUACUGAUCAUCACUCAGCUGGGCUUCUGCAGUGUUUAUUUUAUGUUCAUGGCAGACAACUUACAACAGAUAGUGGAAGAAGUCCAUGUCACCUCCAACACCUGCCAGCCCAGGAAGUUCCUGGUGCUGACCCCCAUCCUGGACAUUCGUAUCUACAUGCUGACAAUCCUGCCCUUUCUGAUCAUGUUGGUGUUUAUCCGGAACCUCAAGGUGCUGUCUGUCUUCUCCACCAUGGCCAACAUCACCACCCUGGGGAGCAUGAUUCUGAUCUUUGAGUAUAUCAUCCAGGACAUUCCAGAUCCAAGCAACCUGCCCCUAAUGGCAAACUGGAAGACGUUUUUGCUGUUCUUUGGUACAGCCAUCUUCACAUUUGAAGGCGUCGGUAUGGUUCUGCCUCUCAAAAACCAGAUGAAGAAUCCACAUCAUUUCCCCCUCGUUCUAUAUCUGGGGAUGUCCCUUGUCAUCUUUCUCUAUACCUGCCUGGGAGUCCUAGGCUACAUGAAGUUUGGGUCAGACACCCAGGCCAGCAUCACCCUCAACUUGCCCAACUGCUGGUUGUACCAGUCGGUCAAGCUGCUGUACUCCGUUGGCAUCUUCUUCACCUACGCCCUCCAGUUCCAUGUGCCAGCUGAGAUCAUCAUCCCAUUCGCCAUCUCCCAGGUGUCAGAGAGCUGGGCCCUGUUUGUAGACCUGUCUGUCCGCACAGCCUUGGUCUGUCUGACCUGUGUCUCAGCCAUCCUCAUCCCCCGCCUGGACCUGGUCAUCUCCCUGGUGGGCUCUGUGUGCAGCAGUGCCCUGGCCCUCAUCAUCCCCCCGCUCCUGGAGAUCAUCACCUUUUACUCUGAGGACAUAAGCUAUGCCACCAUUGCAAAGGACAUCAUGAUCAGCAUCCUGGGCCUUUUGGGGUGUAUUUUUGGGACAUACCAAGCCUUCUAUGAGUUGACCCAACCCAUCAACCAUUCCAUGGCCAACUCUACAGGUGUCUAUAUGCAUCAUUUUUUAUUUUUAUUCUAA